AUGUCGACAGACUGUGUCAACGAGCUGAGGCUGGCGGAUGGAGGCAGCCCCUGUGCCGGGAGAGUGGAGGUUAAACACCAGGAUCAAUGGGGGACGGUGUGUGAUUUUAUCUGGGACAUGGAAGAUGCUGAGGUGGUUUGUAAGCAGCUGGGAUGUGGAUCUGCUGUCAGUGCCCUUGGCCGGGCUCAUUUUGGAGCAGGAUCUGGACCGACUUGGCUGUAUCAAAUUGAUUGUAGUGGUGACGAGUCAGCUCUCUGGGACUGCAGUCAUAGAGGAUGGGGUGCAGCCCAGUGCCCUCAUUCUUUUGACACUGGAGUGAUCUGCUCAGGACACAUUAAGCCUCAGCUAGUUGGAGGGGACGAUGCCUGCUCAGGACGUGUGGAGAUAAUACAUGGAAACACGUGGACCACAGUCUGUGAUUCACACUUUGAUCUCAAAGUUGCCAACGUUAUCUGUAAUGAACUUGAGUGUGGAAUAGCUGUAUCUAUCCCAGGAGGAGCUCACUUUGGAGAAGGACAAGGAAAGAUCUUGACUGAAGAAUUCCAGUGUGUGGGGAAUGAGUCUUUCCUGCUCUCCUGUCCCAGGAAAUUACAAGAAAAUCAGAUGUGCUCACACACAAAUGAUGCUAGUGCCAUAUGCUCACGGUUCCAGCUGGUGAAUGGCAGCACAGCAUGCUCAGGGAGGGUGGAGAUCCAGGUUCUUGGUGUCUGGAGAACCCUCUGUGAUUCACGCUGGGAUUUACUGGAUGCCAAUGUUCUCUGUCAUCAGCUUGACUGUGGAUUCGCUGUAUCAGCCCCAGGAGGAGGGUAUUUUGGGAAGGGAACUGGCUCUGUCUGGACAGACACAUUUCACUGCAAAGGGACUGAAACCCAUUUGGGCCAUUGCCCUGUUACUGCUCUGGGGGCCUCUCAGUGCUCACACGACAAUGAUGCCAGUGUGAUUUGCUCAGGAAAUGAGACUCGUCUGACUCUCUGUGACAACUCCACGUCUGAAAUAGCCCAGGCAGGAAUUGCUGAGGACGUCGGUGUUGUUUGCUCAGGGAGCCGGCAGAUCAGACUGGUGAAUGGGACAGGUCCCUGUGCUGGGAGAGUGGAGAUUUAUUACAAUGGCAGCUGGGGGACAGUCUGUGAUGAUUCCUGGGAUCUGUCAGACUCCAAUGUCGUUUGCAAACAGCUGGGUUGUGGACAUGCCAUCAAUGCAACUGUCUCUGCUCAUUAUGGGCAAGGAUCUGGGCAGAUCUGGCUGGAUGAUGUGAACUGCUUUGGGAAUGAGUCCAAUCUCUGGGCGUGUCCUUCCAGGGCCUGGGGCCAGCACAACUGCAGACACAAAGAGGAUCCGGGAGUUCUUUGCUCAGAAUUCACAGAUCUAAGGCUGGUGAGCGACAGUGACUGUGCUGGGCGGCUGGAGGUUUUCUACAAUGGGACGUGGGGCAGUGUUUGCUCCAAUGGGAUGUCUAGAGUCAUCGCAGCAAUUGUCUGCAAACAGCUGAACUGUGGAGAUGGAGGGCAGAUUGAAAGAGAAUUUGAAUAUGGAGCAGGUUCUGGUCCCACAUGGCUGGACCAUAUUGUAUGCAGUGAACAGCACAGCUCCCUCUGGCAGUGCCUGUCAGAGCCCUGGAAUCCAAAAUCAUGUGAUGACCGAGCAGAAGAGACCCAUAUUUCUUGCACUGGAAAAAAAGCAAAACCAACUCAGACCCUGUUUGCCGAAUGCCCAAACUCUCCAAGCUGCACAGACCAGGAGAAGUUACGUGUCGUGGGAGGAGAGGACGGAUGCUCGGGGAGAGUGGAGGUUUGGUACCGUGGCUCCUGGGGAACAGUUUGUGAUGACUCCUGGGACAUGGCAGAUGCUAAUGUUGUGUGUAAACAACUGGGCUGUGGAUCUGCUGUAUCUGCCCCGGGCGAGGCUGCAUUCGUUGAGGGGACUGGUCCCAUCUGGGUGGAGAAGCUGAACUGCAGAGGGACAGAGUCAUCUCUCUGGGACUGUCCUGCCAAGCCCUGGGGUGAGAGCAACUGUGGUCAUAAGGAAGAUGCUGUCGUGAAUUGCUCAGGUCUGACAGAGAGGACAGAUUACCCAAAUACUCCAGGUUCCAGAAGACCCUUGGAUCCCUUCUCUGAGGCCGUGUACGAGGAGAUUGAUUAUAACCUGAUGACAGAGAAGCAGGAAAUGUUCAGUCGCUCAGUCUCCUAUUCAGGUGACUCAGUGACAAAGCUGCAGUAUUACACCGGGGACAGCGAGGGGGAAAACGAUCCUGGAUCAGAACAAGAGGGAGCUUCCCCGGGGGGGUCUCAGAUGGAUUAUGAUAACGUGGAGGAGCCUGCCUUGAACGACAUCCCCCAGUCUCCAGAUGGCCGAG